CGUCACCGAGGCGAGCGCAGUUUGAGCGAAGAAGACGUGGGCGAAGAAGGAGAACCGCCGCCAAGUAAAUAAACGACAAACAUUACCAGUUAAAACGUAUUAUAUCAACAUUUCGUGUAACCCGCGGCCAAGCUGAAGUACAUGCUCCAAUUUCAGAGGCUAACUCUCCAGCUAGCCUCGCGGUGAGCCUCCGGAAUUUUAGCUAGCCUAUAGCCUAGCUUCUCCUUACUGACGCAACCCCAGCGACAAAUAAGAACUACGCUAAGAACGAGGGAAAGGAGGAACAAACAUGUCGGAAGACUGCGAGUUCAGUGAAGACGUGGGCAUCAUGAGGAUGGAGGAGGACGGGGAGGCUUACACCGACGACCCCAUGACGGCCGCGGCGGCCGUCGACAGCGGCCUGACUGAGGGCGAGGCCGACGGGGCGAGGAUCGACGCCAGUAAAAAUGAGGAGGAUGAAGGGAAGGUGUUUGUCGGCGGCCUCAGCUGGGACACGACCAAGAAGGACCUGAAAGACUACUUCUCCAAGUUUGGGGAAGUUAUCGACUGCACUCUGAAACUGGACCCCAUGACGGGCCGCUCAAGGGGAUUCGGAUUUGUCCUCUUCAAGGAGGCCGCAAGUGUUGACAAGGUCACUGCGCAGAAGGAGCAUAAACUCAACGGGAAGGUCAUUGACCCCAAAAAAGCCAAGGCCAUGAAGAGCAAGGAGCCGGUCAAGAAGAUCUUUGUGGGCGGCCUCUCUCCAGACACUCCCGAGGAAAAAGUCCGAGAGUACUUUGCCACCUUUGGAGAGGUGGAGGCCGUCGAGCUUCCCAUGGAGAGCAAAACCAACAAAAGGAGAGGCUUCUGCUUCAUCACGUUCAAGGAGGAAGAACCGGUUAAGACCAUCAUGGAGAAGAAGUACCACAACAUUGGGCUGAGUAAGGUAAUGCCUUUCUCCGUAAGUCGCCGUCACCCGCGGCGGGACAAGAAAAAAAAAAGAUAUUUGGGGACUGUGGUGUGUGUGCAGUGUGAAGUGAAGGUGGCCAUGUCCAAGGAGCAGUACCAGCAGCAGCAGUACUGGGGAGGCAGAGGAGGUUACUCGCCCAGGUCUCGAGGCAGGGGAGGCGGUGGCGGUCCCAACUGGAACCAGGGUUACGGCAACUACUGGAAUCACGGCUACAGCAACUACGGCUACGGCAAUCAAGGCUACGGCGGAUACGGCAACUACGAUUACUCUGGUUACGGCAACUAUUACGGAUACGGUGGCGACAGUAUGCCCUCAUCUGUAGAUGAGCCGGUGGGCUACGGCAAGUCCCCGCGGCGCGCCAUUCACAGCAACAGUUACCGACCGUACUAAAGCGCUCGGGGUCGCCUCAAAGGACACGAGUAGGUAUGUCCGCUCCAACGCCCGCACUUCCCGUAAGAUGUAAAAAAAAAAAAAAAAAGUAGUCCUGUUGAUUUAACUGUUUGAUAAUAUUAUGUUGUCAUUGAUAUUUUCCUUUUGGUAACGUAGAGGCUACACGGGGGCGAUUAUUUUAACACCUGCAGCCUCCUUUGCACCUUGUUUGUUUUGGUCUCUUCUUUUUUUUUAACUGUAACGUUAACAGGUAAACCACUACUACUACUACUACUACUACUACUGCAGUAAUGGAUGUACAGUUCACGGAAAAUCGAAAGAAAAAAAAACAAAGAGGAAGUAUGUUGUCUUUCCUAACUCUGACAUACCUUGUUUGUACCUGCCAGCGGAGCUUCCUUGCAGGCCAUGAGCUGACUCCAGAUACUCUCAGGGCCCGCUCAAUGCGGACCGGGUACGAGACGCAUACGCUCUCGCUUGCUGCCGUUUGGUAUGGUCUCACAACAUCCUGUAUAUCAACUCAAAAUGAAAACGACAAAACCAAAAAAAAAAAAAAAAUGGGAUACGAGGUUGCCAUUUUUUUCCUCCAAUUUUGCUUCAUCUCGUUUUUGAGUUGUUUGAGAAAGAUGUACAGUGGUGCCUCGAGAUACGAGUGACGGCGCAGACGAUUGGCCGAUUUUCCGUUUCAAAAAAGAAAAAAAAGGCGGUUUUGAGCUGUUUGCCACUCCCACAUGACAUUGAUUUCCAAAAGAAACAUAAAAGAGAACCACAUACAUUCAGCUUUGGUGAACUAUGUUUAGCUUCAUGCUAACAAACAGGCUAAAAUACCCCUGUCGAACUUGCAUGUGUGUGUGGUGACAUCAUCUUUCAACCAAUGGAAAGUUGACCACAGUGGUGGAGCAACACAUGUAGACGGAUAAUAUCAUGAUACAAUACCUGUAUCAUGAUAUUAUCUUUACCCUCAAUCCUCCAAAUGCAAUUAUCUGGGGGGGUCCACUGUAUCCGUAUUUUCAUAUUCUACCGGACCCAGGAGGUCAUGUGGCAUGCACCGGGAGCAGCACAAUAUCAAUUGAAUUGAAGGGAAAAAAAAGUGGCAGAAACGAUUUCGAUGUCACUGUUAACGACUGCGCAUUAUAAAGCGCUAAAGUUUGCAAAAAGACAUUGCAAAAAUGUGCGUUGUUUUUUUUUUUUUUCUUUUGGUUGGCCGGGGUGUCCGGAAUGUACUUUGACGAUCCGAGCAUGGUCAAGGAAUGAAUGAAACCCGUUAUCUCGAGGCGCCGCUGUAUGUGGUUAAAUUUCCGUCAUUUGUUUUUUACAGGCCCCCCACCACAAGUAAUGAUUAUUUGGAAUUAAGUAUUUGCUCUCCAAAGGGUACUACGGCCAAGCAGUUGUUAAUCUUUCUGCACUCCUGAUGCUUUUGUCUCUUGUCCAUGAGCUAACAGCUUCUCUGGACGCCGCCAUUGUGUUGGGGGAUCACGUUUGCUUUCUUCGACAUGUCUUCUCCUCUGUAUAACUGACUUUCUGGAACUUUUCUGUAAAAGUAGACGUAUCCAAUGUAAAGCCACGAGAAUCGCAAGCAUCAUUUGCACGCAGUGUUUCCCUUUUGGAUUUUUUUUUUGUUUUUUUGUAAUGACCAAUUUUUCUUCUAGUCGUCCUCAAGAUUGCUUUUCUAUUUAAGGUGUUUUAAUGUUAAUAUAUCGUCAUAUUACGUCUAUUGACUUUUUGGCACACGGGGGAUUCCUGUUGGGUGGCGCUGUGCGCCGGCUCUGACGUGUGCGCGUCUUUUCUCAGGUGCGGCGGGGCAAGAGGACGGUGGCUGACGGGCGGCGGAGAGGCCACCGAGCGCUCGUUGCCGAUCGUAAGAAAAGAAAAAAAAAAAAACAAACUGAAGAGCCCAUAUUUACUCUUUAUUUUCUGGAGUGUUCCGUGAAUCUGACACUUUUUUUCCCCCCGCCCCUGGUUUGAUUUUUGCCUGCAUUUAAGGGGAGUUUUAGCCCCUUUAUCCGUUUUUUUUUAAGGCUUUAUGAUUAGGUCGACACUUAUUUACAAAUGCAGAUGCACAUUUAUCACAUUCUAUUAGCCCUAUACAACAUUGGUAUAUAUACACACACAAAAUGUAUUCAAUGUAAGCGUGAGGAAACAAUAAAAUGAUUAUUUUUGUGGGGGUGGGGGAGUGUGAUGCCAACCAUUUCUAUGAGCAUUUAUUCCAUAUCCAGCUUGAAGUCCAUGGACUAGUCUACGCUUUGUCCUUCGUGUCCUUAACUAACAAGUGCAGCCAGAGAGCAUCGUAGUACGUGGUUUUUGGAAUUCUGUCUUACUUGUGGCUUUUUGGGAGGGGGGGGGGCAAGGAGGCUGCUCGCAUGUGGGCCCUGCUUGCUCGUUGGGCCUUGCAGUGUUACAAGCACAGACGUGGACUAGUUUGGUCUGAUGACAUACUUUUGUAGGCUGGACAUGGUCCCCAAAGAAAUCACCAGUGAGAGGCAGUGUUGAAUCGUUAGCUUGUAAGACUGUCGUACUAGUAAUUAGAGCGCCCCCGCCCCCAAAAAAAUGUAAUAAUAAUCAAAUGGAUUUUCCUUUUCAAAGUGAUUCAGAAAUCGAUUCUUUUAAUAUGCCCCCGCCACUCCCCCCAAUCAAUUCAUGUGACUUCUCCCGUCCCACCAGAUCCCAUCAAAACAAGCUUAAAGGCCCGUGUCUAAAAGUUUUGGCUCGUUUGCGAGACGGUCAGGAAUGGCUUUUGACGAUGUGUUUUGACACUUGAUUUGCGCUGAGAGUGCAAAUGAUUGCAGUGUAUUGUUUUGAUCAGCUCAUGUUCAAUAAAAGGUCCGAUUAAUGUAA